CUGCAACAAGUGCAUUAAGAUGCUCGCCAGCUCUCUCCUCCAAGAAAGACCUCUUCCAACUGGAUUUAUCUGCGAAAUAAGACGCGUUUCUUGAGCAACUUCGGCAGACACCUUAUGAUUCAAUAUUUAUUUAUUAAUUUCCUUGACUACCAACUGGUUUUGCCGGUUCGAGAAACGAAAAUUAAGAGCCGCAGAGCUUACGCAAUUUAGAAGUUUAUCAGUGAGUCAGUGAGUUAGCUCAAGUUGCUAGCCCGGUGUGUUUAAGAAGUCAGCCAGCCAGCCAUUUGUCUCAAGAUGUUUCGGUUUUACUAGUCAGCAGAGGUAACGCAGCUAUCCUGCUGUUUUUUUUUUUUUUUUUACACCCGACAUGUUUUUGCGAGUGGACGGCGAGUGCGAAGCAGCAAACCGUGGGACCCCAAAGAAACCCAAGCUGCUUCAUUAUGGCUGAACAACAGAAACAGCUGCUCUGUUGAUGUGAGAGAAAAAAAAGGUCAGGAGGACAACAUCAGCGACUAUGAGCAGGGCAGAACAAAAGGACAGAGUCUUGUCCACAAGCGAAGACUCUCUCCCAUGCCUCCACAACUCCAAAGCUGACCCACUGAUUCGGAGCCGACCCCUCAGUGAUAUAUAUCCAUUCCAGAGUCAUGCUGAGAGAAGUGCAGUCCCAUAUCUGCUAUCUGGGUGUGGAGCCCAGGUACAACCGAUGACUGCAGGUUCUCUCGCUGACGAGAACCGAUUGAAUGGCAUCAACUCCUCUGCCUGGUCCAACCCUGUUAUAGCUCAACCUGAAGGAAAGCCCCACUCCUCAAGAAUUAUGAGGCUUUUUUCUAACUCGAGGAAGGGUGCCGUCCCUGCCCACAGUCCAAACACUGACAGUCCCACCUUAACCCACAGCAACGAUGGCAGCAGCAACGGCCCCCAGUCCUGGUCUGGACUCCAAGGACUGGGUGUCGUGGACUCCUUCAAAAAGCUACGCUCCUCUGUGCUCCAGGGCAUCCAGAGUAAAGGGGCAACCAACCAUGACGGAGAGCAUGUGCCUAUGUCCAAUCAGGAAAUGGCUAAUGGCACAGUUGUCACCAACAAUGACCCUAAGCAAGAUGACGCAACAAAUCAUUUACAGAUUGCAGAAGGUGUUGGUGUGUCUAAUGGAAAUUUUACUGGGCAAAAGUUGGCUAUAAUGAGUCAGCAUGGCUCAGACAUCGAGGACUACGAUGAUGAGGAAAAUGAUGAUGGAGAUGGCCUCCAGAGGAAUUCACGCUUCUCCAGGAGUAUCAGGAGGGCGUACGGGGCAGGACGCAUCUCUUUAUUUGACAUGGGGAAUGGGAGACUAGCAGGACGAAGCACAGAUGAAGCUGCAGACACUCAGAAACCAGAUCAAAGUUGUAAGGUCAAUGCCCAAACAGAGAACAUGAGUGAGAACACAAAUGUGAAGGUGCUGAGCAGACUGAGCAAAAGUGCAGAGAACCUUCAUAUAUUUAAGGCACCUUUCAGACGCAAAGCUCCAUCUCCAGGUCCUCCUUCACAACAGGAAGACUCCCAGAGGACGAACACAUCAAAUGAGACGCCAAACAUCCAGAGGACAGCCAGCGCCUCCUCAGUGGACCUCCGAGGCCACGCUGGUAGCCGCAGAAAGAGUCCUGUGAAGACGAAGGGACAGAUGCUGAAGCUAGUAGGCAGCAUGACUGACCUGACUGUCCGGCGCAGACGAAGUCCCUCCCCCAGCCCUACUUCUCCAUCUACCAUGUCACCCUUGAGCCGUCUCCAUGACGACUACUCCCGCCGUGUGCCUUGCCUAACAACCAGUGAGCGACAGCGCCGGCCCUCGCCCAUCAGAGCUCGGGUCAUGUCUCUUGAACACAACCCAGUGAUUCACCCACAGCCUGAAUAUGAUGUCAAUUCACAGCAGCACCAGGUCCAGGUCCCAGUUUCUGUAGAGCCCCCAGAGAGAACAGAAGCGACUUCACCUGGUGUCUUUGCUCACUCAGAAUCUUUCACUGUAGCUACAAGAAGUGGUUAUAAACAGACGGCAGAAUGCAUUUCAUCUACGCACAGCCAAAAGGAGCCGUUACAAAGCCAAGAGCAGGCGGAGGUCAACUCGCUAUCAAGUAAGGCGACAUCAGAUGACCAAGGACAAGAAGCACUUCUCCAAACAGAGGAAGUCUCUCCAACAAGCAGCAGCAGCACCCCUCCCAUCUCCCCAGCAAGCCUCUCAGACUCACCCACAUCACCCACUACACCCGCAUCACCCACAUCACCCGCAGAUGCAGCCACCGCUUCCACAGAAACAUCCUCCGUCAAGCCCAGACGAAGAGGUGGGCGCCCGAGACCUCGGCCAAUCUCGGACUACGGGCAGCUCGUUUCCAGGAAGCACUCCAUUCCUGAGGAAGUGGCAGAACUGCAUGCUGAGGGAAGGACAGAAAAUGCAUCACUGCAUACAGACUCUAGUGGUAAUGACGGGUUUGGGAAUGGAGACAGCCCUGACAACUGCACCAUGAACGGCGACAUUCAGGGCAGAAGGCAGCGGCCCGUCUCAGCAAUGGGAGUUGUGGAUUUGUUUUCCGCUGAUGCAGAGGAGAAGGAGGACUGCCUUCCUUCUCCCCUGUCACGCCCGCCCAUCCCCUCCCACCAGGUGCCCCCCUAUAGAGGAGUGUCUGCCAGGUUUCGCCCCUCCACCUUCUCUCAGAGCACCCCCAUCGGACUGGACCGCGUUGGACGGCGUAAACUCCACAGAGUGCUCAGCGAUGGUGUGUCUGAGUGCUCAGCAACACUUGAUGACAGCGUGAGUGAGGAGGAGGAGGGCAGCUUUGAUGAGCUGACUGAUGUCACACCCUACCUCCAGCCAGGGGUGGAGCUCUCUGUGCUCAACGAGUGGAUAAGCUCUGGCCACACGGUGUAUGCUGAGGCUCUCUGGGACCAUGUGACCAUGGAGGAGCAGGAGCUGGCCUUCAAGGCUGGAGAUGUUAUCCGUGUCCUGGAAGCCUCACAUAAGGACUGGUGGUGGGGUAGGGGGCCUGACAAGGAGGCCUGGUUCCCCUCCAGUUUUGUGCGGGUGCGUGUGAACCAGGAGGACUCGAGUGCAGAAAGUGUGGAAAGCGUAGCGGACCAGGAAGAUCCAACUCCCAGGGACACACACAGCGCCCAGCACAAAGAGCAGAUGAGAACCAAUGUGGUUCAGGAAAUCAUGAAUACUGAACGCAUCUACAUCAAGCACCUGAAGGACAUCUGUGAGGGUUACAUCCGUCAGUGCCGUAAACACCCGGACAUGUUCAGUGAGCUGCAGUUGAAGACCAUCUUCAGCAACAUAGAGGACAUCUACAAGUUUCAGAGGCAGUUCCUUCGAGACCUGGACAAGAAAUACAACAAAGAACAACCACAUCUCAGUGAAAUAGGCUCUUGCUUUCUCUUGCAGGGGGAGGGCUUUUCAAUCUACUCAGAGUACUGCAACACUCAUCCAGCAGCCUGUGCGGAGCUGCAGCGCCUCAUGAAGUCGGGGCGAUAUAAGCAUUUCUUUGAGGCCUGCCGGCUCCUUCAGCAGAUGAUUGACAUUUCUAUAGCUGGUUUCUUGCUCACACCCGUCCAGAAGAUCUGUAAAUACCCCCUGCAGCUGGGAGAACUGCUCAAGUACACCCCCAAAGACCACAGUGACUACAGUGGAGUGAGCAAAGCACAUGAAGCCAUGAAGAAUGUGGCCAGUCUGAUCAAUGAGAGGAAGAGAAGGCUGGAGAGUGUUGACACCAUCGCUCACUGGCAGGUUGCCAUUCUGCACUGGGAGGGACCUGAUGUGCUAGAGCGCAGCUCAGAGCUGAUCCACUCUGGUGAGCUGACUCGAAUUGUCCGGCAAGGCAAAAUGCAACAGCGCAGCUUCUUCCUUUUUGACCACCAGCUGGUCUACUGCAAAAAAGAUGUCCUGCGCAGAGACCUGCUCCACUACCGUGGACGCCUGGAUAUGGACCAGACCGAGGUGGUGGACAUGCCUGACGGGCGGGACUCGGACUUGGGCUUGACCCUGAGGAACGCUCUGCGCCUGCGCCACGCCUCCACUCUGGAGUUAAUGUGUGUGCUGUGCUGCAGGAAGGCCCAGGACAAGCAGAGGUGGUUACAGGCCUUUGCCAAGGAGAGACACAGAGUCAAGGAGGACCAAGAGAUGGGAAUGGAGAUCAGUGAAGAACAACGAAAACAGGCCAUUGUCAACGCCAGAAGAGGCAAACACGGGAAGAUCAAAUCUAUUGGUUACUCCGGUUCUGUCCCACCACACCAAAACCUUCACCCACUUCACCAGCGUCACGUCACCAUUCCAACCAGUGUGCCUCAACAGCAGGUCUUUACACUGGCCGAGCCCCCAAAACGAAAGCCUUAUCACCUGUUGUACAGCAUCACCCGCAACGCCUUUUUCAGGAAAUGAGGCUUUGCCCCCCUCAUCCUUUUUUUUUCCUCUGUCUGUGCAUGUUGAGAGCACACCCAAACCGUCCUGACGACUUUAUUUUUUUCCUGUAUUUUCCUGCCUGUGAAUGUACUGUCGUUUUUUUGGUUUUGUGCCUCGUGUGUCUCUUAAUCUGUCUGUUUUUGUUUCAUGUUGAAGUUCAGUGCCUACAGUUUUAAAGGGGCAUGACAAAAGUGUUAAAAUACUGACUGUCUGUUUUUGUUAUGUGUUGUGUUAAAGAUGCUGCUCACUCAAGUUCAAGAGACCCCACCCCUUGUCUUAUUAAUUCCAGCUGAAAGAUUUUUUUUUUUUCUGUUAAUUUUGACAAUGAUGUAUAUUCUGCUUUUAUGCUGACAAACAUGGUUUUAGUUAAUUUCACAAAGGCUGGACCCUUUUUCUUUUGAGUUAUGCUGCAAGUCUGUCACCUCUGAGCACAAAACAAUCAGAGGAUAAACACUUUGACCUCCCUGUUAACAGUGUAAAUAAAACUCUUGUACAAACAUA